GAGCAGGGUGGACUAAGUCCACUGAUGCUGGCUAGCAUUGAGGGAAACAUCCCCAUCAUCAAGAUUCUCGUGGAGGGGAAGGCGGACCCCAACGAACUCAUGACCUGGGACAUCAAGGACGCCCAGCUCGAGGGCAACCACACGGCACUGUCCUUGGCUGCGGCCCUCUCCACGAGGUCUACCGUCUUGACCCUCCUGAACCUGAAAGCCGACCUCCACGUGCCCAAAGAUCGGCUCGGCAGCAACGCUUUGAUGACUGCGGCGCGAUUUGGAAACAACGAGGCGAUCCCCUUACUGGUCUCAG